UCAAUUUACGGCAGAGACUCCCAAAUUGAUCACUUUUUUAGCUCCCGAGUCUUCAGAGACUCGUUGGAAAAAAAGUUCUCAACUCUCCCAAACACAAACCCUCCAAAAAAAGAAGACCCAAAAGGUGAAAAAAAAAAGAGAGAGAGACAAAGAGACAGGGAAGAUCAAGAACAGAGUAUGGAGAUUGAAACGGUGAAGUGCGAGUGUUGUGGGUUGAAGGAGGACUGCACCCAAGACUACAUAUCCCAAGUGAAGUCCAAAUUUGAAGGCAAAUGGCUCUGUGGGUUGUGCUCAGAGGCCGUGAGGGAUGAAGCGAACAGAGCCAACAGCAACAACAAGAAGCCAUUCGGGGUUGAAGAAGCCGUGAGAGCUCACAUGUCCUUCUGCAGAAAGUACAAGUCAAGCCCUGCAUUCAGGGUCGCUGAUGGGAUGAGGCAGAUGCUGAGGAGGAGGUCUGGCGAUCUGUCGUCUUCAUCUUCUUCAUCGUCAUCAUCAUCUUCCUCUUCUUCUUCUUCAUCUUCUAAGAAGUACUCAAGAUCAGCCAGCACUUCACAAGUUGGUGAUGAAUCACCAUACUCACUGUACUGAUUGAGGGAAACAGAUAGCAGGGGAAGCGCUAGCUAUUGCUGAUCUUGGUUUGGCUUUCUUGAAAAUCCAACCAAAAAGGGAUAAAAAAAAAAGAGACCAAAAAAAGAAAAAAAAAUGGAGAAAGCUUUCAUCUUUUGUCUUGUACAGGGGAUGUUGAAUUUAGUGGAGGCUUCUUCUGAGCUCUUGGAAUUUUGGCUGCGUCUACACCCAUGUGUUCAUGGGAUGUGAUUGUUUCUGGUUUUCUCUCCUUUUCUUUUUCUUUUUUCCAAAUAAUUUCCAAAAACCCUUUAUUCUUUUUGUAA